GAGCGAUUUCAUUGAGGACGUUUCGACGCCACGAUGGACAAGACGAAACUGGUGAGCAACGACCUGGAGCUGCCGCCGCUACGCAGCCUGGACGACUUCCUGCUGGAGUCCGCGCGCUUCCAGUUACCGAACCUCAAAGACCUGGAGAAAUGGGGCAACCGCGUGGUCAACAAUCUCCUAUACUAUCAGACUAAUUACUUGUUUACGUCCGUCGUCAUCUUCCUUAUCGUUGGAUUGAUUCAUCCUGUCAAAAUGCUAGUUGGGAUGUUGGCGAUGCUGGCGCUCUUGGGUACGUUUGCCUACGUAUCCAUGGAAGGAAGCACAAUACAUAGCUUCAAAAGGCAAUAUCCCGUGAUUGGAAUAUUAUUCAUAAUAUUUGCCGGAUGUUUCAUAACGUACACUCUGGGAUCUCUUCUUGUUUUCUUCCUGGGCAUUCUGUUACCUAUCUGUGUGACGUUUGUACACGCCUCACUGAGAUUAAGAAAUAUCAAAAACAGGAUUGCCAAUAAAAUCGAAGGCAUCGGUUUGAAACGCACACCAAUGGGGGUGUUUUUGAAACAUCUCGAAGAUGUGACUGGUAUGACUUUGCGUGCACAGACAGCACUCAUACAACCGCCUCACUAAUCCCGCUUUGUGCAUCAAGCUCUAUAUAAAAUUGACAAAAAAUAAUGUCAUAACUAUUAAUUCGCUGCCACUGCUGUUUUAAUUAUUGGACUACGGUGUUCCACACGGUGUUGUAGUAGUAAAAUGAAGUUUGUAGCAUUUUUAGAAUAUAAAUUUGACUGACAUCCGUGCCUGGAAACAAAAAGGACUUGUGCUAUGUGAUUUUUAGAUCGGUAUUACGAUACCAAAUAUUUUUUUACAGUACUAAAUAUUUUAAAUUUACAUAUUUAUAUUAAGAAUUGUGUUAUAUUCUCUUGUGAUUCUUAGGACUGCUUUAAUGGAGACAUAUAUAUUUUUUUAAUGCCAAUAUAAAACUUGAAUAAUAUCCAUAUUUAACAAGUAAAUUUAAUUUAUAUUAUAUAGAUCAAUAUUUUAAAAUCAAAGUGACUUAAGCUUUAUAUCUGUGACUUAUGAACAGACUACAUUUUGAAUUAAUUUGUAUAUAUAUAUAUAUACAUGUAUAUAUUAUAUAAAUAACUCAUGUAAAACACAUAGCAAAUUGUUUUCACAAAACUUUGUUAUAUAUUAUAUUAUUUUUAUUCUA